AUGAAAAGAUCAAGACAUGGCUGUAAAAAUUGCAAAAGAUUAAAAAUCAAAUGUGAUGAAAAUAAACCUAUGUGCACUAAUUGUAUAAAGCGCAAUCGUGACAACUGUGACUAUUCAAUAACUUUGACUUGGGGUGGGAGGCCCUAUAAAGAUAAACGACAAUUUCUUUCUAAAUUUCCUAAUACAAAAGUUAUUGCCGGCGUAAUUACCACAAAUUUUACUCAGGAAUUGCAACAUGAAGACAAUAUAACUAAUAUCCAAUCUUUAUCUUGUCUCAACAAAGUUCACAAAAAAAAGAGGAAAAAAAAUGAGAAAACACCCAUCAAAACUUCUAAUAUUCAAACUAAUUAUAAAACGCUAAUGGACAAAAUCAUUCCUCAGAAGGGGAAAAAAAACUUUUUAGAAACAAGUGGAUUACCUUCACCACUUCCCCCGUCUUUACUAAAUUCACCAUCAUCAAUCAAUUCUCAACUUGAAGCUUUUAACUUGCAAUUUGAAGACUUUGAAGAGGAUAGUUUAGAUACUAACCAAAAAUCUAUAUUUCCAGCUCCAUUGUCUGCUAAUACUUUGGAAAACGAUAACACUGUUGAUUCUGAUUUCCAGCCAUUGUGUGAAUCCCCCUGUUACAGCGUCAGUAAUGUUUUUUUAACUACAAACAGAAUCUUUCAUAACACAUGUCAAGAUAUAUUCCAUCCUGUGGAUAACGAUGUAAAUGCGGCUCUUAGAAAAAAUCUGUUUGAUUUCUAUCUAAAUGAAACUUCUCAAUUUUUUGUUCCAGCUCCAACAGACAUUUACAUAAACCCUUUCAAAACCGUGUUGCCACACAUGGCUUUAAAUUCUACAGGAUUGCUGAAUUUGAUUCUAGCGUUUGGUGCCACUCAUAAAAAAAAAUUGUUGAUUCCAAAUCCUAAAAACAAUAGCCAAGAAGAAGAACAACUAAAGGAUUUCCAUGAAGCAUUAACAGACUUUGAUAUAGAAAUUUUUUUAUCAAAAACCAUGCAUGAACUUCUAAUGCAACUGAAAGACGAGAAAAAGGCUAUUUUGGAUACAACUUUGGCAACAGUAAUGCUCUUGGCACUUUUUAAUAUUUUUUUCAGCCAGGAAAAAUCCAAAUGGAGAGUCCAUAUAUGGGGCGCCAAAAAAAUCGUAAAGAAAAGAUUUGAAAAUAUGCUGAUAUCUCCUUCAAAUAUCGGAUCAGAAGAAAGUUACUUCCUUCUAAGAUGGUUUCAUUAUGUAGAUGUUGUUUCCGCUUUAUCCAGUAUCACAAGAGUUGUUUUCGAUCCAGAGGACAAUAAUGACGACCAUCAAUGGAAAUUUAAUUUUAAGAUCGACGACCAUUUGGACUCUAAACGCCUAAAUUUAAGUGAUAUCGAAUAUUUUACAGGGAUGGAUAUGAAAGUUUUGGAGUUCCUGUCAGAUAUUUCUACACUGAUAAGGAAGCGCGAACGCCAUCAGCAAUCAAUUCCCACUCAUGAAAUUAUGGUGGAAGCCCUGGACCUGUCCUUCGACCUAGAAAAUUACCUGAAUGAAUCAGAAAGUAAACGCGAUUUAAUAGCAAAAUGCCAUUAUACAGAUUUUUCUAGUGUUGAAAGCCUUAAGAAAUAUAAAAAUUACUUGAUCUUGCGCGGAACAAAUUUGGUUUUUGCGUUAACGGGAUUGCUGCAACUGAAAAGAAGAGUUUUAAACAUUCCACAUUCUUCAAAAUCCGUGAAAAAAUUACUGGAAACAAUCUCAACAACAAUACUUGAAAAAAUACCACUAGGUUCAUCCGCGUCUUCGUGCAUAAUAUUUGUUUUUUUUUGCUCCGGAUCAGAUUUAAUAGAAGAUGACAUGCGCCAUCAUAGAAAAGUACACAUCGACCAUCUUGACCAUUUAAUUCAAAGGGGAAUGACAAGUGCAAUCCAAGCUAAACGAAUCAUGCUCAGCUGCUGGGAAGAAAAAAAACCUUGGUGGGAAGUUUUAAAAGAGUCCAAUAUAGAUAUUUCCUUUGCUAUAUAA